AUGUGCGAGCAGGCAGCGCGGUACUGCCGGGCCGGCGUGCAGAGGCUCCUGCGCAAGCCUCCGCCGGCGCUCCGCGGGCUGGAUGGGUGCGGGACCUCGAUUUUCAGAAGAGCGGACAAAAAUGAUGAUGGGAAGCUGUCCCUGGAGGAGUUCCAGGCCUUUUUUUCUGAUGGGACACUCAACGAAGAAGAACUUGAGAAGCUCUUUCAUACCAUUGACUCAGACAACACCAACAACGUGGACACCAAGGAGCUGUGUGACUAUUUUGCUGACCAUAUGGGAGACUACGAAGAUGUCUUGGCCUCACUGGAGACGCUGAACCUUUCCAUCCUGAAGGCAAUGGACUACACCAAGCGGGUGUAUGAGAGCGGCAGCAACGUGGACCAGUUUGUGACUCGCUUCCUGCUGAAGGAGACGGCGAACCAGACCCAGUCACUGCUGAGCUCCGUGGAGAGUGCUGUGGAUGCCAUUGACGAGCAAACCAACCCUGCCAGGCACUACCCCAGCAAGGCUGGCCACAGUCUGAUGGACACCUGGUAUGACAACCCCGUCCCCAGCUACUCUCCCACCAGCUGGAUGGUCCCCAGAGAACAUGGGAAGAGCUUCCAGACUGGUUCCCCCGACACCAAGGCAGAGGGGCUGGAGGGGCAGAUCAACAGGCUGGCUGAGCUGAUCGGCAGGCUGGAGGACAAGACUCUCUGGUUUGACCUGCACCAGCGGCUGUCGGACAGCGAGAGCACGGCUUGCACGUACCUCCUCCUGGUGCGGGAUGAGAUGACAGUGUCGCACAAGCACCUGGGCGAGUUUUGCAGCUCCCUGAAGCAGUACCUGAAGAGUGUGGCCGGGGAGCGGGACUGCUUCCAGUGGGUACCGCCGGCAACCAGGCAUCGGGGCAUGGGGUACCUGAGCAACUCCCCAGUGCCUGGCCUCAUCACCGACAUCCAGGCACACCACUGA